AUGUCGUUAAACUUGGAAGAGCUUGAGCAAGUUCUUUUAAGCCAUCUUAAGUCGCCAGAGGUCCGAGAACCGCAGCGGCAGGCCCUGGCUCCACGGGCCGCCCUGAAAGCCCGCGAACCAAACGUCCAGCCCAUCGUGCAGGACCCCGUGGACCUUGCUGUUGGGUUCAUCAACGAAAUAGUCGGCGAGACGCGCUCCUUUGGCGCACAGAGGCUCGACAGCUCUAUUUUGCGAACCAUAGUGCUUUGUCUGGAGGCAGUAGAAAAAACCGAUCCUAUUUUACAUAUUAGCAAGACCCUGGAGGCCUGCAAGGUGUUUAUUUCGUCGGGAAUGCUUGCCGAGUCACGCUUUCUGCUAGAGCAUCUGUUCUGUCUGAAAACACAUAAGCAGAAUCCGUCUUUGGAAGAUCUGAUAGGAGGCUAUGAGUUUGCAGAUUUUGGCCCAAGGUUGGACGCUGAAUACAUUAUGGUGGUUCUGGAGCUGAUAUUAGCCUUGAGAGUGCAUAAUAUUUCAACGCGUUUUCCGGAUACGAUCAUUGAGAAAACAUCGCCAUUGAUACCAUCACUUGACAGACAACAACGUCUCAAAUUCUUUACUCUUCUUUCCCAGUUUUGCACCGUCGAACAGACCGCAGAGUCCCUAAAGUUGCGCUACUACGCUCUCAUGCACAUAGAAGAUGUCGACACAGAGUUUAUACUGGCCACAAUCUUGCAUUUUGAAAGAGUUUGUGAUGCAUCAGUUUAUUCCAGCACGGCCGACAUGUUUUACAAUUUGUGCUCCUCGUGGGCUCAAAGCCAGCAAUCCUUUCGUCUGUUGGAAUUUCUCAUCCACAAAUACCGUCAACUGAAACCUGCGUCUUGUACGUUGCGAUGGGAAGCAAUGAUAUGUCAGCAAGUUGUGCCGACCGCUCUUGACGACCAUAUCUCGUAUUUAUUGACCACGCUUGACAUUUCCGACACCAACGACCGCCGAAUUCUACACAAAGCACUGGAAUUGGAAAGACCGAUAGCUAACGAAUCGUUCUUUGCCGCCAAUGUUUGUCGAGUAAUUAAAGGACUUGACUUCAAUUUGAAACCAGACCAGCAGCUUGUUCUUGCACUAUUGGAGUUUUCUAAAAACCUGGCUCCGUCUUUAAACGUGUACGAUAUGACGACUAUCAUGCUUAAAGACCUGGACCCACUGGUGCACUCUGGAUUUGAGAUCAAGGUGCUUACCUUGAUGACGGAGGUGCUAAAGCACCAAAAUCAGCCAAAGAGACUACGCAACUUCUCAAACUUGCUUUUCCACUUUGGCGGCAAGCUCUUGACUAAACACGAGACUGAAGCUCUUAGAUGUUGGCACAAGUGUCUGGAUGUCGAAGAUAUUCUUGUUGAGCAGAACACUGACGAGUUUGGACAGCUGAAAAAUAAAGUAGAACGUAUGCUAAACAUGCUGAUCGAGACCAAAAAAUACACUCAAUCAUACGACAUAAUCAUGCACGUGCUUCAGUCGUUUGAACAGCUCCACCUGGGCUGGCAGGUCGAAAAGUAUCAGGAUGAGCUGACAAAUACGUUUGGCGUUUUAUUUAAGCUGGUCGCCAGGAUGAUCGUUCGUAUGGACUCCAAGCUGCCGGUUAAAAUUCUUGGUAUGUGUGAUAAAACGCGAGCAUUUGUCACAAUCGAGCUGAUCAAGAUUCUUACUGCCAUGAAACCUUCGAGACGAGACCAGAUUUCAGCCCUGAUAGUCCAGGUGAAAAAUGAGUUGCAGGACAACGGACUCUUUCUGUAUUUUCUCUCAUCCAUUUCGAUGAUUAUUGAGUUUGGGCUGGCCCUUAAGUCCAUUGAGGCUUUGAACUUUGAAACAAACUCGGUUAUGAGCGGAUACCGUGACAUAAUUGUAUGUCACAUAUAUUUAUUGCAAUGUUGCGCCCAGAUGGACGAAGCGUUGCUCAUGAAAUCACUCGCGGCCGCUUUGUCGUGGGCCAAGACCAAGCGUGCAAAAGUCUCGGUCUAUGAGAUGGAAGUGCUUACAAUGGUGGUCCGUGUUCUCAAUUAUUCCGAUCUUACAGAUUACGCUAGCUAUUUGUUGGAGGUUGCAAGACAAAAUGCUGAUUUCGGUGACUCGGACCUGAGAUUAAAAAUAGAGGCUGCAUCUUUGAAAUUGCAGCUAAAUCUUCCAGACGAAGCUCUAAAACUUCUAGGCGAAAAAACGCCCACCAAUGCCCUGGAAGCCGUGAGGUACAAAAUGUUGAAGACUGAAUGUCAUCUAUUAUUGAAAUACGAUACGGCCCGGGAGGAAUGUACUGAAUUGCUCUCACUCUUCAAAAAUGAGCAGCUCCAGCUGUCCAAGCAGUCUAGCAAGCUCAACGUCAGCAGCCUUCUAAUGUUGGCUGCGCGCGUGUCGAUGCUGAUGUCUCUUUUCCAUCGCGAGAAAAAUAAAAUUGAGAGUGUGCUGAAUCUUAAGCAGAGCAUCAGGGUGCUUCAGUCUGUGAUGAAGAACUUUCUGGUUACCGAUGGGAGCUCGAUAGAAAUCGACCUUUGUCACAAGAAUACGCUCAAAAUGCAGUUUGUAUCGUCAAUGCUGCAGGCUUAUAGCUCCCUGGCAGCCAUGAUGCUGGAAUUGGGGCUAGCCAAAGACUUCGAGUACUACGAGGCCGAGCUUGAGAAGGUUCUUACGCACCAGUCGUGCGUGGUACUCAAGUCCAAGUAUUUCUUCAAGCUGGCCAAAUACCAUGUUUACAAGAACGAUCUCUCAGGAGCAAAAGAAUUACUAGAAAAAGGCACUCGAUGUGCGCAACAAAUGCAAUUCGAGUCGUUCCAGGUCGAGUUUGAGAAGCUAACCGCAUAUGAGCUGUUUUAUCAAACGGCCGAUUGCAACGACGUCCACGCGAUCCGCGACAAAGUGGAUCUUUUUUUCCGUCUUCUUGCAGAGCACGAAGUCGACGGUGGCAAGUUUUACCAACAGGUGGUGUACGAGCUCAAAGUUGGCCGCUCAUUGGUCAACGAAAAAGAGUUUAUUGCAUUUCUGCGCAUGUUUCUGCCUUUGAACGGCAAGGAGAAGACCAGCAUGGUGGAAACUGCGGUCACCAAAAUUAAGGAAAUGAUAUUUCAGACGGUCAACCAGGACCUCGAAAAUAUUUUCGCAGGCGACUCCGUGGUUGUCAUGAAAGAAGGCGUGAUGGACAACUUAUACGCUGCCUGUCUCCGGGAAUGCGCAAAGUUUGUGAACGAGCCUAGAUUGGUUAGCGAGGAUGUAUCCAAAGGAGCUAUUUCUGUGCUUCUUGCUAGUGGAACCAGUUCGCGCACUGAUUUGGAUUCACUGUUGUUGCGGAACGAGUUGAUGCGCUACGAGUCCAUUGAGUAUGACCGAGAAUUGAACCUGGCUGUCGAAAGCACGCGACAACUCGUGCCGCUCGUAUGCCAGCCCGACUACCAAGUCUCUGCUACGCAAACGCACAAUCUUCCCUCUGUUCUUCCAUCAAACUGGGUCACCGUGUGCUUGGAUCUUGAUAUGAACAGCGGGUGUCUGCUUCUUACUCGGUAUGGCCCGAAGCAAGAUCCGGUAUUUAUCAAGCUUCCUCUGGAAAGACAUCUCAUUGGCCGGCACGCGUCCUUUGGAUCCGCAGUCCAGGAGCUAGAGGCUAUAAUCCAAGAAAGUGACCGCACCACCAGAAUCGAGGUCACCUCGCUGGUAAAAACCAGAGCUGACCGUGCUAAUUGGUGGGCCCAGCGCAAAUCGCUUGACAGAAGAUUGAAACAGCUCUUAUGGGAGAUAGACAGUCACUGGUUUGGCUGUUUCAAAGGAGUUUUUGGCCGUUUAGUUUUUGAGAACGCUGUGGUGGAAGAGACUCGUGUCUCUCUUAAACGUAUACUGAGCAAACAAGUUGGUCAUUCUAUUGAACUUGGAACGUUUGAGACAGAACUGAUCCUCCAGCUCGAUCUGGACUUGGAAACAGCUACAUCGGACGUGGAAGACUGGUUCCAGCAUAUCCAGAUCUCCGACGAGGCAGAUUACGGUCGACUUUUUUUGGCUAUCGAGCCAGAGCUCCGUCGGAUACGUCCUGUAUCUACGGUGGAUCAUACCGUGCUCGUUGUUUCUCCUGAAUGUGUGAAGUUACCGUGGGAAUCUGUGCCGUUCCUUCGAAACAGAUCUGUGUCGCGAAUGCCAUCUAUAAAGAUGCUUGUGGAUGUUCUGAUUGAGCAAGAGAAGCAUCUCAAUCUUGGCAUCUCUGCUGCAACGGGCUACUACGUGAUCAAUCCCGGUGGAGACCUCAAAAGAACAGAAACCAAUUUUACGGAGAUGUUUGCUGGCCGUUGCGGCUGGGAAGGGAUUAUUGGAAGCCGCCCCAGCGAGGAGCAGAUUUCCCAGGGUCUUCAGAAAGAUUUAUAUGUUUAUGUGGGCCACGGCGGCGGAGAACAGUAUAUUCGCUCGAAAACCGUCAAGAGCAUGGAAAAGUUGCCUCCAGUGCUGCUUUUAGGGUGUUCCUCGGGGAAACUAAAGACCCAAGGUGUUUUCAAGCCGCACGGGACUGUCUACAACUACCUGAUGGGUGGAAGUCCAAUGGUGGUCGCAAACCUCUGGGAUGUAACCGACAAGGAUAUUGACAAGUUUACUCUCCAUAUGUUUGAGAAAUGGGGAUUUUCAGGUCCGUCGGGCUGUGAUAUUGGUCAUAGCAUUGCGCAGAGCCGGGACGUAUGUGUUCUUCCGUAUUUGAACGGCGCUGCUCCUGUGCUAUAUGGGCUUCCGUUCAAAAUACGUAAUGAGUUAUGA